AUGCUACAUGUGUUGCCUUCUAUCUUCAAUGUAAUCAUUGUGUCAAGUCCUCCAUUUUACCUGCAGUCACACACCUCUUCAGCUGCCUGGGGAGUGACAGACAGACAGACAGACAGACAGACAGACAGACAGACAGACAGACAGACAGACAGACAGACAGACAGACAGACAGACAGACAGACAGACAGACAGACAGACAGACAGACAGACAGACUGACUGACUGACUGACUGACUGACUGACUGACUGACUGACUGACUGACUGACUGACUGACUGACUGACUGACUGACUGACUGACUGACUGACUGACUGACUGACUGACUGACUGACUGACUGACUGACUGACUGACUGACUGACUGACUGACUGACUGACUGACUGACUGACUGACUGACUGACUGACUGACUGACUGACUGACUGACUGACUGACUGACUGACUGACUGACUGACUGAAAGCUCCUCUCUUUAGACAGAAUACAGUACUCAGACUGACGCUCACUCAGUCACCACACACUGUUUUUUUUAUCUCAAUACUAUAUCUCUGCUUCUGUUCUCAAAAUACUUUAAACUCAUAUAGACUCGAGGCCACCGUACUCUGCAACAGAAUUAUGAAAUGUCCUGCAGCUUGUGUGACAGAAUGCCUAAAUGUACACACACACACACACACACACACCUCCCCCUUCCGUUCUCUCCGCUGGCCAGGAUCAGAGUAUUAUUGACCCAAAGUGUGUGAGCACACAAUUAAGCAGGGAGACAGGGCUGGUAAUGGACUCAUAAACAGAGAAGCACCACUGUGAUAAACGCUGAGUAUGUGUGUGUCACAGCUGCACCUGUGGUUCUGCUCUGCUACCCUGCAUGGCCCCUCAGCAUGGUUCCACUCCCCAGUCCCCUCUCCUUUAUCACUCUGUUUUUCUGUCCAUGGUUUUCCAGAUUCCCUCUAUGCUCCAUACUCUGAUGAUUCUCUGUUGAUGGAGUAUGUAUACAGGUGUUGUAUUUCAUCUCCAUCCACCCCUCUCUCUCUCUCUCUCUCUGCCUCUUUCUCUCUAACUCUCUCUCCCUCUGCCUCUAUCUCUCUCUGCCUCUCUCUCUCUGCCUCUCUCUCUGCCUUUCUCUCUCUCUCUCUGCCUCUUUCUCUUUCUCUCUCUCUCUCUCUCUCUCUGCUUCUCUCGCUCUCUCUGCCUCCUCUCUCUCUCUCUCACACACUCUCUCUCUCUCACUCUCUCUCUCUCUCACUCUCUCUGGGAGUCACUACCUCUUCUCUGGCAUGUGGCAACUGACUGAUGUUCGCAGCAUGGCAUUUCCUGUGUGUGUGUGCGUGUGUGUGUGCGUGCGUGUGUGCACACGCCAUGUGUGCACCCUAGAGAAGACACAGUUAUCUUCCUGAGGCAGUGAAUGAUAAUCCAGUAUGAUAAUAACUGUGCACUAAGGAUAAGGAAGCACCCAUCAUCGCUCAUCUAUCGAAACACAAGUGAACAAAGUACCUUCUAUUUAUAGUUCAACCAUACAUUACAUGUCAGGGUAUAUAUAUUGGCUUUUUACUAAUUCAGAGAAGAGAUUUCCUACUAGUGGAAGCCUCUGUAUUCUACCCCAUGCCUUUCAAAAAAAUGAUUCAAUGGUCAAAUAUACAGGCACUAAUUGACUGAAUUAUCUGCCAUAUACAUACAUGUAAAUUUGAUACACUGUCGAUAUUCAUGUCAUAUGAUAUCUUCUGUGCGUCCUAUAGGGACUUUGCCUAUGUGGCGAGAGACAAAACCACGCGGGUGUUGAAAUGUCAUGUGUUUCGAUGUGAUACCCCUGCAGAAGCCAUAGCAACGAGUCUCCACGAAAUCUGUUCCAAGAUUAUGGCUGAGAGGAAGAGUGCCAAAGCUGCUGCCGGCAGCUCAUCCCAAACAGGCUCCGAUGUUCCUCUCCAGGAGUUUCCCAUGCCAAAGACUGAGCUGGUGCAGAAGUUCCAUGUGCACUACCUGGGGAUGACGUCCGUGUCUCGCCCCAUAGGUAAGAGAAGUAUGGACAUCAUCAACGGGGCUAUAGAGAGCCUGGUGUCCUCCACAGGGAAAGAGGACUGGACCCCUGUUACUCUGAGUGUAGCAGAUGCCACUGUAGCUGUUAUCAAGGAGAAGGCACAGGAGGAGGAGAUACUGGUGGAGGGCCGCGUGCGUUUCCUGUCCUUCAUGGGCGUGGGCCGGGACAUCCACACUUUUGCCUUCGUCAUGGACUCUGGGAACCAGCACUUCCAGUGCCACGUGUUCUGGUGUGACCCCAACGCUGGCAGCGUGUCUGAGGCUGUCCAGGCAGCCUGUGUGCUGCGUUACCAGAAGUGUCUGGUGGCCCGCCCACCCUCCCAGAGAGCUGGCUCCUCCUCCCCGCCACCCGACUCGGUGACACGCCGGGUGACUACAAGCGUCAAGCGUGGAGUCCAGUCUCUCAUAGACACUCUGAAAACUAAGAAACCACCCUCAGAACUGCCCCAGCAAUGACGGACAGCUCGCUGACCACACCCCCAACCCCAGCCUCUGGCUCUGUCACUCACACUUUCGCCACAACUACGACCUACAAACACGCCUAUCCAAUACCAGCCAUGGUAACCAACAAUGUACAUACAUGUUAACUUAUUACCACUGGGCAGACCAAAGGAUGAAUGGGGCUGGAUAGUGACAUCUGCUCAAAAUAAUAAAAAGUUAAAUAAUCGGCAGAAGAAGAGGAGGAGGAAGUCCAAGCUUCAGCAUGAUGAGGUGCUGGUGAUUUGUGUCUCCAUUGGAACUUUCCAUUGACCUUUGAACUCUGCCGUGUCAUAGCAAAACUGUCCCACUUUAGCCAGUCCACUCCUGUCUUCACCUGGCAUCACCCCAGUCUUGUGGAGUAUUAUAACUACUGAGCUCCAUGGAGUAUUAGACUACUACUGAAUAACACUAGACAUACCUGAGAAAAAUAACCAAUCCCCAUUGAGUGCUGGCUUAGUUGCAUCAGGAGGUCCAUUGACCUCCUUUAUCUUCCCCGUUUUCUACUUGUUAGGCACAGUGAGAGCAACACUGUUCCCAUCACAGUGCCAAACUGCAUAGCAUUCCAGAAUGGGACACACACACGUGUCUCUUUAAGACGUCUGUCUCGUUGAUGUGGAAACGGGACAUGCUUCUGGGGAAAGCCAACCAUCACGGACAAGGCCACUGACCAAUCAGCACCAUCCAGCUGCUCUACCCGACCUAGUAACCUUUGACCCCCAGACUGCAACAGAGACGUGUCAUGUGAUGCACUAUACAGGCAUGAUGUAAUAACAUAGACAAGAAGUAAACAGAACAUGGGAACCAAUGUAUUCCAUUCCCUGGCUAGGAGUUACAUCUGGCUCACAAAACAGACUGAACCAAUGUCUCACUUGAGGAGGGGUGCGCGAAUGUACUAUAAUUACCCCUCUGAUUGUAAAGUAAUGAUUGUAUCCCCGGUUGGAGAGGAGAUGUUAGAAAUGAGGAGGAAUGGGGUGGUGAUGGUACUGCAUGUGUCUGUAAUCUGAAUGUGAGGAGAUGGAUAGAUCGUUAUGGGGGAGAGAGGUUACCGAGGAGGGUGUCAAUAUGGACAUAGAUGCUCUGCACAAAAGCCCAACCCCACCAGACUAUCUAUAUAUACAUACAUACAGACACACACACACACACACACGGAGGACUGACUCCUAUUGGACCCAGGGACACCUCUCUCCACUCUAGCUCAACUCUGAAUGCAAUAUGCAGUUCAAUCCAACAUUUAAAAAAAUAUAUAGAUGUGAAAAUACUGUCAUUCAUGUGCUCUGUUCUUCACUCAUCUCUACACCAUGUAAAUGUAAUCUGUUGUGAAAAUAAAUGCAUUACCAAAAAAGGGAA